GCGCGGGGACCGAACCGGGGCGGCCUGAGGCCCGAACGCUGCGGGCGGGCGCCCAUGGCCGGAGCCGCCAUGGCCGAGCCGGGCGGCGGGCCGCCUCCCGCGCCCGGCACGGAGGGGCUGCCGCGCGCCUUCCUGCAGAGCCUGCGCACGCUCUUCGACAUCCUGGACGACCGGCGGCGCGGCCUGGUGCACCUGCGGGAGAUCGAGUCCCGCUGGCGGGGCGCCGACGCGCGCGAGCUGCCCCGCGGCGUGCUCGAGGGCCUGCGCCAGGUGGCCCCAGCCAGCGGCUACUUAACCUUCGAGCGCUUCGUGGCUGGCCUGCGCACCGCGCUGCCGAGCGCCGACGGCGACACGCGGGCCCCCGCGCGCGCCCCGGCCCGGGGAGGCUGCUCGGCGCGACCCGGGGGCCAGCCGCCGCCCCCGCGCCUGGUGUUCGCGCCGGCCGACGAGCCGCGGACAGUCCUGGAGAGGAAGCCCCUGCCCCUGGGCGCGCGCCCCCCGCCAGCUGGCCCAGGCGUCGCGAGUCGGAACCUGGAGAAGCCGUGCGGCCUGGCGGAGGCGGCGCCCGGUCCGGCGGAGCCCGAGCGGCCCCAGGGCGCGGCACUGGAGCGGAGCCCGAGCAAGGACACUGGAGCAGUGACCUGCAGGGCCCAGGAACUCGGCACGGGGGACGCCCACUGGGGGCCCCGUGCCCGAGGGGAACGGCGGAGGCACACCAUCACCAACGGCGUGGACUGCGCCCUGCUGAAGCAGAUGAGGGAGCUGCAGCAGGAGCGGGAAGUGCUGCUGCAGGGCCUGGAGAUGAUGGCGCGGGGCCGGGAGUGGUGCCAGCAGCAGCUGCAGCGCCUGCAGGAGCGCCAGCGCCACCUGGGCCAGAGCCGGGCCAGCUCGGACCUCGGGGCUGAGGGCAGCCCCCGCCUGCUGGGGCAGCUGCUGCCUAAGGUGCAGGAGGUGGCCCAGUGCCUGGGGGAGCUGCUGGCCGCGGCCUGUGCUGCCAGGGCUCUGCCCUCGUCCUCCUCGGGGCCCCCGGGGCCUAUGUCACCCUCGGCCCCCAACUGGCAGCAGCAGACCAUCCUCAUGCUGAAGGAGCAGAACCGGCUCCUGACCCAGGAGGUGACCGACAAGAGUGAGCGGAUCACACAGCUGGAGCAGGAGAAGUCUGCCCUCAUCAAGCAGCUGUUUGAGGCCCGCGCCCUCAGCCAACAGGACGCCGGGCCCCUGGACUCCACCUUCAUGUAGCCGGCCCUGGGCACAGAUAGAGGACCUUGCCGCCUGGCCAGUCUCUCAGCUCCGGGCGGGGGGGCACUUCCUUGGUCCCCCCUCUGAGGCAGAGGUGCCUGGACACCUGCCUGGACGUCGCCUCCCUCCUCCCUUCUGAUCUGGGCUUCGGGGCUGGCAGGGUGGGAGACUCCAUCGUGCCAAUGCCCAGCCUGGAGCCGCCGCUGCUGUCGGUGGGGAGGGGCGCCGGCCUCAGCAGCUCCGGGCAGGCCCGCUCCGUGUUCUGCUGGCCUGUGCCUCCUCCGCCUGGGGUCUCCAGUCCACGGCCCUGUUCACCCUGCGCUGCUAACUGGCCUUGGAGCCCGCAUUUGGGUGUCUUGGGUGGGGCCCGGAGUGGGUGGCCCUGGGGUGGGACACCUCAGACCCAGUGGUGAUUGGCCCCGAGUGUCCGUGGGCACGUUUCCUCCCUCAGGACUAGGGGUCCCACCUCAGCCAGGAGUCCAGGGGCUUCUACUGGUGUCCAGUUCCAGGGGAGCCCCGGGGCGCAGUGUUCAGAAUUGCUGGAUUCCUGCCUGAGCCAGAGCUGGCCUGCUUUCUCUUCCUCGCGGACCUUAGACGCUAGGUGAACGGGCUGGCGGUCACCCCUGCUGGCCCGGACUCCACUGAGCAAACAGUGCCCUUUCUCGGACCUGCCAGGUAACCAGGGCAGCGUAGGGUGCCCUCCGUGGGCAGGGCCCUGUCCUCAGGGUGGUGGUACCCUCUGGUGUGCCCCAGGAAGUCCUGGAGACCCAGCAGCCUUAGCAGCACCCCACCAGAUGUGCGCUUCCCAGGGAAUGAAGGGGCUGGGUCUGGGUCUGAGGAAGGGGGUCCUGAAGGAUUCAAGAGCCUGGCAGCGGGUCCCGCCGGGGUCGUUUGUUGACUGUGCCCCCAUGCCCAGCCCGCUCUCGGGGAGACCACCUGCUCAGCUGGCCUACAGCCACCCCAGGAGGGGCUCCGAGCGCACGCAGGGCCCUCCCCUGGAGCUGAGGGCAUCCAGACUUUGCAGGCAGGCCAUGUGUUCAGGCCUGGACAUGCUGGGCACUUACAGAACCGGGCUCUGAGGGCUGACUGUGCAUAGCCUCACAUGCCUGGGGGUGGCAGUCUGCCCAGAGAGGAGGGGUCCGGAGUGCUGUGCCCGCAGGGCCCAGCUCGGCCUGUGCCAGCUGGAGCCCUCCCCCCACACCAGCAGCCAGUGGAGGGAGGUGGUUGCCUCAGGUCUGGCACUCAGGCUACUUGACCUUGACCUGGGCAGGUUCCCUGGGAUGUGAGGCAGAAAGGGAGCUGGACCCAAAGGGCGGCACCAGGUCUCCAGCAUCUGAGCCAUGGGGUGACUGGACCAGGGCCCACCAGAACUGCCCAGAGGCUGCCCCUCUCCUGGUUCGCCCAGUCGUGCCCCUCUGCCAGCCCUUGAACAGAGCCCCCGCACCAGCUCGGGCCCUGAGCCCCUCACUAGGAGUCCGCUUACUUCCAGAACUGAAAACAGCCCUCCCCAGCUCCGGAUCCUCCCUCCGCCCAUGCGUGAGUCAGGGCAGGCCGGGCUGUGGGCCGUCCCAGCUCUGGGCCCUCCAAGUGGUGCUCCGGCCCCCGGAGCUCCCUCCCCUGCUCCCCCUGCCCUGCUCCUGCCCAGCCCUGCCUGAGCCUGCAGGGGCCGGGACAGCAGAGGUGGCAGCCUUCGCCCUGAGGGACUCUGCGUCCCUGCUGAGAGCUCGGUGUUCACCCCAGGGGUACCACCAACUGCAGGCGGUCCCUUUAGUUGCAGGGUGACUCGCAGAGAGGCCUUUAGCGAUGAUGCUGGCCGUCCACGCAGGACGGAAGACGCACCCUCCUUCACUGAAGCCUGCAGUGAGGCUGCCUGCGCUGCCCUGGAGACCCCAAGGGGAGAACUGUGAGUGCCCACAGGCUGGCGAGCCCAGGCGGCUGGCAGGAGCAAAACAGCCUUUCCAGAGCAGCGAGUGUUAGCCACACAGGGGCAGCGACUGGGGCGGGGUAGUCUUGGGGCCUGCCCGUGCCCUGGAGAACGUUUAGCAGCAUCUGUCCACUAGAUGCCAGCAACACUCAGUGUGACGCCAGUGGGGCGGGGGGAGGGCUUCGCCCCCCUUAGCUGAGCAUCUGCCAGAGCGGCGCAGCUCCACCAGGCCUCAAGGAUUCCCUGUGGUCUGAGUGCCACGGACAAGGGGCGUCUCCAGUUUAAAACCUGCUCACAAGGGAUGGAGCCACUGUGAGAGCUGGGAGGAAACAGAUUCUGUGGCCGUUUCAGAUGCUGGGACGGUCAGAGAAGAUGCUGGUGUUUCGUGUAGCUGGAGAAAUAAAGAGAUGCUUGAAAACACGAA